UGUAACGUUUUCACAUUCACUGGCUUAGUAAGUAUUAUGUGUGCAUGAAAAGCCAGCAGUGAAAAUGACUGAAAAGGUGAUAGUAUCGUUGAAGGAGGGCCAAAUUCGUGGAAUCAAACAGUCUUCUAAAUUCUCAGGAGCUGAAUUUUACUCUUUCUUUGGAAUACCGUAUGGAAAACCACCAAUCGAUAGUCUUCGAUUUAAGGAUCCACUCAAAGCGAAACCUUGGAAAGGAAUUUACGAUGCAACAGAGGAAAAAUCCGGAUGUAUACAAUUUUCAUACCUCACGUAUGAAAUUUUGGGAUCAGAAAAUUGUUUAUUUAACAAUAUUCAUACACCAAAGCUGCCAGGGAAAAACGAUACUCUUAAACCUGUAAUUAUCAAUAUUCAUCCUGGGGCAUAUACGUUUGGUUCACCACAUACAAAAGCCUUUGGAUCGCCUGAAUUCAUCAUGCACAAUGACGUCGUAUACGUUGGAAUUGCACACAGACUGAAUAUUUUAGGAUUUUUAAAUCUGGGGUUGAAAGAAUGCUCGGGUAAUCAAGGUAUCAAAGAUAUACUGUUAUCCCUUCAGUGGAUUCGAGAAAAUAUACGAUCAUUCGGAGGCGAUCCUGAUAACAUAACUUUAGUAGGAAGCAGUAGCGGAUCCGAAGUUAUUCAUGUAUUAAUGCUAGCUCCAGCAGCAAAAGGUCUGUUCCAUAAAGCUGUAUUAAUGGGUGCAUACAUUUUCAAUCCGCCAGUAUAUCACACAGAAACGAAUGAACAAUUCGCGCGUGAGAUAGCCAUGGAUCUCGAUUACGAUGGAAAUCUUCAAGAUAAUAAAAAAUUAUUACAGUUUUUAAAAAAACAACCAGCAGUCUUGUUACUAGAAGGAGCAAGAAGAUGUCAAAAGAAAUUGCACCAGAAUAUCGUCCCCACACUUCCAAUUGGUGUGUUUUCGCCAUCAAUCGAUGGAGGAAAUAUUUUACCAAAAACUCCAAGAAAAUUGAUUGAAUCAAUGGCACGAAUACCGACCAUGGUGGGAUUUUCGCAGAUAGAAUCCGCUAUUGGAUUUACUGGUGAGAUGAAACCAUUCACGGAAAAAAACUUUAAAAAUUCACUGCGUCAGAAUUGCUUUGGUUGGGGGCAUCAUAUCAGCGAUGAUGACCUUCGAUUGAUUUAUAAAGAAGUAGAAGAAUUCUACUUGGAUGGACAACCAGUUGAACAAGCAUCACAAGCUACUAAAAUGGAUAUCCAAACUGACAUAAUUUUGUCUGGUAUUUACGAUGGUGUUAUCAAUCCUAUAGCAUCCGAUCUGCCCAGUUCGGUAUUUGUUUAUAAAUUUGAAUUUCAAGGCAAUCUCCAUUCAAACGGCAUCGUUAAAAUAUUUUUGACAGGUGAUCCGGGUAAAGGUUCUUUUCAUACCAGUGACCAUUGUUAUUGGAAUCGCCUCAAUGAUCCUGGAGAUAAGGAGACUCAUCAAAUGAUUCAAACAUUUACGAAGCUAGUAACUACCUUUGCAAGAAACGGGGAUCCAAAUUUUGAAGCUAUUCAAGUGAAAUGGAAGCCAACAACGGUAGAUAACCCGUGUUAUUUCAGCAUCAAAAAUCCACUGGAAAUGGUCGAUGGCAAAUUGAAUAACGAUAGACUGAAUUUUUGGCAAAAUAUUCAAAAAAAGUUUGGCCGAGAAAAUUAGCAUGUAAUAAUUAUGUCUGCAGAAAUAUUUCUUUGUUUCUAUUAUCUGUUCCUACACAGCUCUGUAAUCAAGUCAUAAUAAAUCAAUCAAUCAAUCAA